AAACAUGUCCAAAUUCGAGUAGCUCAGCCUAAUCGACGGUCGAGCUAGAGGGCGACACCGGCCUACGGUAAGCGCUGUCACAGAGAGGUAAUUCCCUGGCUGUUGUAUUUUGUGGAAUGUUUCAAUAAUGGACUGGAAUAAAGGCGUCCCAGCGCGAAACAGAUAAAUAAAAAUCAGAAAAAGGGAAGGGUUUUAUUAGAGGUACGGACGAGCAUUUAGAUUGCAUUUGCUACUUCGUGUUACAUCACCUUUCAACUUCAUUUCGCAUCUCAACCGAUCCGAUCCCGGCGAUUCUGCCGUCGAUUAUCUGUUUCAUCGCGACCAGUGUGAUUAGAGGUGUCUCGGUUGAAAGAAGGAAGGAUGUGGGGAAUCAUUAGGCAAAGGAUCGGUGCUGGAGGUUUUCCAGUUCGGUCCUUGCAGGAGGUUAGACCCGCAGUGUCAGCAUUGCGAAAUUACUCAUCUGCAGCCAAAGAGAUGACAGUGAGAGAUGCUCUGAACUCUGCCCUCGAUGAAGAAAUGUCUGCUGAUCCCAAAGUCUUUUUGAUGGGCGAGGAGGUUGGGGAAUAUCAAGGUGCAUACAAGAUUUCCAAAGGGCUUCUUGAGAAAUAUGGUCCUGAGAGGGUUAUUGACACUCCAAUCACAGAGGCUGGUUUUACUGGUAUUGGAGUUGGCGCUGCUUACCAUGGUCUUAAGCCUGUUGUGGAAUUUAUGACAUUUAAUUUCUCAAUGCAGGCAAUUGACCACAUCAUUAACUCUGCUGCCAAAACGAACUACAUGUCUGCCGGCCAAAUAUCUGUACCUAUUGUCUUUCGAGGACCAAAUGGUGCCGCUGCUGGAGUUGGUGCUCAACACUCCCAGUGUUUUGCGGCGUGGUAUGGCUCCUGCCCUGGUUUGAAGGUACUGGCCCCUUAUUCAUCUGAAGAUGCUCGUGGGCUUCUAAAAGCUGCCAUAAGGGAUCCUGAUCCUGUUGUUUUCCUUGAAAACGAAUUGUUAUAUGGGGAGUCUUUCCCAGUUUCGGCAGAGGUUCUAGACUCUAGUUUUUGCCUCCCAAUUGGAAAAGCUAAGAUUGAGAGAGAAGGAAAGGACGUGACUAUUACAACUUUUUCAAAAAUGGUUGGCUUUGCUCUCAAGGCUGCUGAGAUACUUGCAAAGGAAGGAAUCAGUGCAGAGGUCAUAAAUCUGCGCUCCAUUAGGCCGCUAGAUAGAAAUACAAUCAAUGCAUCUGUCAGGAAAACAAACAGACUCGUGACUGUUGAAGAAGGAUUCCCUCAGCAUGGUGUUGGUGCUGAAAUCUGUGCCUCUGUUGUUGAGGAGAGCUUUGGUUAUCUUGAUGCUCCAGUGGAGAGGAUUGCUGGGGCUGAUGUGCCCACACCUUACGCCGCUAAUCUUGAGAGAAUGGCCUUCCCACAGAUUGAAGAUAUUGUCCGUGCAGCAAAGAGAGUGUGCUAUAGAUCCGUACCGAUGGCUGCUACCGCUUGACCUUGCCCAUUUAGUCCCCAUACACCUCCCAAAUCCAGGAAAUAAAGAGUUGUACAUUCUUUUCCCAUUCUAAUUGUGUCUGGGGAGGAAGACCAUCGCACACGAAUAUUGCAGAGAAUGCCAGAGAAAUAGCUGGAAAUUUUGUGGGUUAUGUUUUGUUGGAUUUGUUGGCAGGGAACAUUGACACCAUUCUACCGCUAAUCCCAAAUUUCUUUCAGCCUUUUCUUUUAAAUCUCUGUUUUGAGUGCAUUACUUUCUGUUCAAAACAUUAGUGUCUCAAUAAUUUUUUUUCCCCAAUACCCAAUUUGAUGAGCAGUUGGGAUUAUUUCUCUGAUUGAUAUGCUGUGUGCAUUGCUCCGAGUUGUGAUUUUUGGAUUCUCCCCAAGAGUGGGCUCUACUUUGAUAUUUGCUUAGAAGAAGAUAUUCAAAUUUGUUGUAAAA